AUGGCGCACUGUCCUCUUCUAGUGCACCCCGCGCGAGCUGCUCUGCAUCAACUUGCCAGUUGCUUGCUGCCACUGCCCUCUCCCCCACUCGCGUGCCGCAGCUGCAUCAGGGGUGGCGCGAGAUCAGCCAUGCAGCUUUUCUCUGGCCGGAGCAAGCAGGAGCACAAGAUCGGCGGAGGCGGCAAGUGCCACGCCGUGUCGGGGACGACGCGGCACAGCAAGGGGGGUGGCAAGUGCCGCGCGCUAUGCUGCGGCGCGUCCCGGCUCAGCGUGUCCUCGGCGGCGUCGUGCUCGUCCACCGACGCGGCGCCGGAGCCGCUUCCCCUGCCGCCGCCGCCGACGACGACGACGCAGCCGCGCGGCCUGUCCAGGCUCGCGCACGGGAUGGUCCAGGCACGGCUGCAGUCCAUGAUCGACUCCGCAGAGGCCGGCGGUCGGCCGCCGCCGGUGGCGCGCCGCACGGAUGAGCUCGCCGAGCGGCAUCGCCGCGGCCUCCCGCGGGCGUGGGCCCGCGGCGGCGCCUGCUACGAGAAGGGCGUCCGGGAGCAGGCGGCGGCCACCAGGCGGACGACGUGCGUCGUGCUGCUCGCGGAGGACCGGAGGACGCACGACCCGCGGGAGGAGUUCCGGCGGUCCAUCGCGGAGGUGAUCGCGGCGAAGCGGAUGACCGAGCCCGCGGAGCUGCGGGCGCUGCUCAACUGCUACGUCUCGGUGAACGCGCGCGAGCACCGCGCCGCCAUCCUCCAGGCCUUCCACGAGGUUUGCUCGGCCCUCUUCUCUUGCAAGCAGCUGGGUUGA